AUGAGGCUCUUCUUCUCUUUCUUCUUCAGUCGCGGGAGCUUCAGCGGAAUGCGCGGCGGGAGGAGAUGAAACUUUCCUCCACAGAGACCGAGCGCCCGGACACUUUUACACCAGUAAAACUGUCAUUUUACCCUAUUUACAUCGAGUUCUGCUGCCAGGAGAUUUGUAAAUGAAGAUUUCUGCCUUUUCACAACGGUUAGCUGUCGCGGCUUUUCUUCUUCACGUCUGUUCUCAGGUGUGUGCCGUUCCUCCAGAAUGUGAUCUAGACGUCAUGCUUCUCCAAGAGGAGGAAAACUGCCACAACAUCAUCAGACAGGAGAACCGGACAGAGAGCAGCUCCACACACACAGGCUGCAGUGCAUUAUGGGAUGAUCUGAACUGUUGGCCUCAUGCAGAAGCUGGAGAGACCGUUUCACAGCCCUGCCCUAGUUUCCUCCGGGUCAAAGGAGCUGUGAUGAAGAACUGCACUGAGAACGGCUGGUCUGAAACCUUCCCUCCGUAUGAACUCGCCUGUGGACACGGACUCAAUGACAGCUUUCAUAUUCCCAGCGACUCGGUGCUGGUCUCAGACGAGUACUUCUUCUACGUGAAGAUCAUGUAUUCAGCAGGAUACGCCGUCUCUCUUGUGUCACUCAGCAUUGCUCUCACAGUGCUGUGUGUGUUCAGGAAGCUGCACUGCACGCGUAACUUCAUCCACAUGCAGCUCUUCCUGUCCUUCAUCCUGAGAGCUCUGUUCAUCUUCAUCAGAGACGCUGCACUGCAUUACUCUCAGGAGUACUACCACUGCAACUCCCAUCCGCCGGGAUGUAAAGUGGCGCUGUUCCUCUCCAAUUACUGCAUCCUGGCUAAUUACAGCUGGCUGCUGGUGGAGGCUCAUUACCUGCACAGCCUCAUCAACCUGUCGCUGCGCUCGCAGAAGAAACGCCUGCACUGGUACAUCCUGCUCGGCUGGGGAAUCCCGAUGCUCAUCAUAAUCAGCUGGAGUUUGGCCAAAUAUCUGCACCAGAAUGAAGGAUGCUGGGAGACAAGAGAUCAUGGCUGGAUAUGGUGGAUCCUGCGAGUUCCCGUCAUAAUUUUUAUCACAGUAAACAUGCUGUUUUUUCUGAGCAUUAUUCGGACGUUAGUGGGAAAACUGAAAGCAGCUGACAUGCACGGAAAUGAAAUUAACCAUCACAGGAAGCUGGCUAAAUCCACAUUUCUCCUAGUGUCACUGUUUGGUCUGCAGUAUGUGCUCUUCGCCUUCUUCCCUGACCGGGUUAGCGUGCUAACCUUCAAAAUCUGGAACGUCAUUGAGCUAGCAUUAGCAUCCACACAGGGCUUUAUUGUGGCACUGCUGUACUGUUUUUUAAACGGAGAGGUACAGUAUGAAGUCCAGCGGCGGUGGAGACGGUGGCGUCUGAAGCAGCAUUUUCACGGAGAGCCCAGAGUUCACCACAGCUCUCUGAGCAACAGUGGACUCCCGCUGACCCAGGUCUCGCUGCUGACUCGACCCAACACACUGAUCACCUGAACAACACUGGCGUCUUCAAAAAACCACCCAGGUUCAUUGAAAAUAUGUGAAUCAGCCUACAAUUUUUUGCUAAAUGUAAAAUACAUUGCUCCAGAUAGGUUUUCAUUGCACGUUUCAGAUGUCAAAUCCACUAGAGGGCGCUGUAUACGCUUUGUUAAUCUGAAAUGUUACUUUGGGUACAUUUUGUUGUAUGUUUCAGAUGAUAAAUCCACUAGAGGGUGCUGUCAACAUUUAACAAAUCUGAAAUGUUGUACUUUGUGUACGUUGAACAUUUCAGAUAAAAGAUAAUUUGCUAGAGGGCGCUGUCUACAUUUUUUGAGUUAGAAAUACAUCACUUGAAGUAUAUUUUGUUGUACGUUUCAAAUUAAAAAUCCACUAGAGGGCUACAUUUUGUGAAUUUGAAAUGUUUUGUAUAUUUUGUUGUAUGUUUUAAAUGAUAAAUCCAUUAGAGGGCGCUGUCUACAUUUUUUCAGAUGACAACUUCACUUGAGGGCGUUUUGCGACAUUUUGCGAAUCUAAACUGUGUUACUUUAAGUACGUUUUGUUUUACGUUUCAGAUUAAAAAUCCACUAGAGGGUGCUGUCUUAAGUUUUGUGAAUAUGAAAUGUGUUACUUUGGGUACAAUUUGUUGUACAUUUCAGUUAUAAGAAGUCCAUUAGGCCACUAGAGGGUGCUGUCAACAUUUUGUUAAUAUGAAAUGUUACUUUGGGUACAUUUUGUUGUACAUUUCAGAUUUUAAAAAAAAAUCCACUAGAGUGCGCUGUCUAUAUGUUGUGAAUUUGAAAUACAUCACUUAGAGCAGGGAUGGGCAAACUCGAUCCUGGAGGGCCGGUGUCCUGCAUAGUUUUGCACCAACGCUAAUCAAACACACCUGCUUGUAGCUUUCUAGUGAUCUUGAAGACACUAA